CAGUCGGACUGUUGUUGUUAGCUCUUGGCUUUGCUCACAGUUGAUCGACUACCACUCUGACGAAAUGCGUGUGGCUAUAAUAGGUGCUGGAGUCAUUGGUCUGUCCACUGCUCAGAGUAUAUAUGAGCAGUACCACUCCUUGGUCAGUCCACUGACCAUAGAGGUGUAUGCAGACUGCUUCACCCCACUGACCACCAGUGAUGGAGCGGCAGGCUUGUGGCAGCCGUACUUUAAUGACAAUGACAACCUCAAGGAGAGAGAAUGGAAUAAACAGACCUUUGACUAUUUGGUGAGUUGCCUCAGUUCACCCGAGUCUGUAAAAAUGGGUGUUUUCCUCCAGUCUGGCUACAACCUCUGCACAGAACCAAGUCCUGAGCCUUCCUUUAAAGAUAUAGUCCUGGGCUUCAGGCGUCUCACAGAGCGUGAGCUGCAGAUGUUCCCUGGCUACAGCGACGGGUGGUUCAACACUACUGUCAUGGUGGAGGGUAAGACAUACCUACCCUGGUUGAUGGACUGGUUGCAAAAACGAGGUGUGAAAUUUUAUCACAGGAAAGUUGGCUCAUUUACAGAGCUGUCUAAAUGUGGAGCAGAUGUGAUAAUAAACUGCACUGGUGUAAGAGCCGGAGAGCUCCAGCCUGACCCUGAGCUCAAGCCAGGCCGAGGACAAAUAAUAAAGGUGGAUGCCCCAUGGUUGAAGCACUGGAUUUUGACCCACCAUUCAUCAGGGGUUUACAACUCACCGUACAUCAUUCCUGGGAGUCGUCUUGUGACAGUCGGUGGGUUGUUCCAGUUGGGCAACUGGAGUGAACACAAUAAUAUCACUGAUCAUAAAAACAUUUGGGAAAAGGCUUGCCAGCUCGUACCUAGUCUCAAGCAUGCCACGAUAAUGUACGACUGGACCGGCCUCAGGCCAGUUCGAAAUACAGUCAGACUGGAGCGAGAGACAAUACAGUGUGGUCCCACUGCAGUAGAGGUGAUUCACAACUAUGGCCAUGGAGGUUUUGGACUCACCAUUCACAGAGGCUGUGCCCAGGAAGCAGCCAGGCUUUUCGGCCAGAUCUUGGGCCAAAAGGGGGUGGGACCAAAAGCUCACCUGUGAAUUUGUUUGUGAUUCAGUUGGAAUCAAGUCAUUGAUUUUUUUCAGUGCCUUAUAAGGCAUACACUCGAUCAUGCCCUAAAAGUACAGUAUGAGUAUAACAUGAGAUCACAUUUAUAAAUUUAGAUCUUUUUUGUUUACUACGUGUAACCCGCCCUGCUUCACACUGGCCGCUCCGGGGCUCGAACACAAUACCUUCGCAAUGGGAGACGAGAGCACUGACCACACGGCCAAAAGCCUGGACUGUUGACCGCGUGUUCAGCGCAGCUCUCAAGGCAGACGGAGUGAGGUUUACCAACGUACACUUGCACAGCCUCACAGGCUGGCAUCCGUUACAUACAGAAUAACAAAAACUAUCCAUCUUCUAUGCUGCUUAUCCUCACUAGGGUUGCGGGUAUGCUGGAGCCUAUCCCAGCUGGACUGGUCUCCAGUCAAUCGCAUGGCACUUAUAGACAAACAACCAUUCACACUCACAUUCAUAUAAUAAAAACCAACAAAACAAAAAAAACAUGGUUAUAAUUCACAUCUGAAAGAAACUAUGUAAGAUUUUUGAAAGUUAUUAAUAUAUAACAGCAAAAAUCACUGCUCUUUUUCAAGGAUCUUUUUACUGCAAUAUUGCACAUUUACAUCCAGUGUAUUGACAAGAAUCAGUGCACGUAGACACCUAAUGCAGCAUUUUGUCUUUACACUGUUAGAAUCAAUACUGUAAGAACUAGCUAGAUGGGCAUCUGCUAGUUCGUUUUCCUUCCAAACGGACUGGGCAAAAUACGGUGGUCUUCACAUCACCUUGAUACAAAGAAAUGCUCGACAACUAAACAUGUUUGAUGCAUUAUUUACAGGGGUACGAAAUAAGACAUGAUUCUGUAUGUAAAGUAAACAGUAACCCAAUUAGAUCCUAACACAUUGUUUUAAGUAUUGUAAUCAAAUAAUUAUUUUGAAUCAGGAACAUUUAGCUUUCAAAAAUACACACAAAGAGAUCUCUUUUUACUUGAAUUCUGCAUCAUUGAAUGUUUUCAUUUUCCAAAACGUAAUACAUACUUGAAUUACAUGAAAGGUUAACACACUUGGCCAUUGUCUUUGUCAAGAUCAUCGUGUAAAAUGAUUGUUAGCGCUACUGGAAUUAUGUAUUUUUUCCAAUUUCUUUUGAAAACCACAAGUUGAAUGACAAAUUUUACAUUUACCCUUGGGCACCAUCUAAUGUGUUGAUGUAAUGUAUUUGAUAUGAUUUGGCCAUUCUCUCUAUUCUGCAGUAAAUGAAAAAAAACAUUUUAAUAUGCGAGAUUGUACUUAAAUACUCUCAAUACAAAUUAAAUGUAUAAAGCGGAUGUUUUGCAAGUAAAUAAAAUUAAGUAUUUAAGGCUUUCUCAGUUGAAGUAUCGGUCGCUAUCGUAUGACUUCUGAUCCCUAUACCAAAACUUUUUGUCCUUUUCAUUUUCAACACAAAGCAAAUUUCUUCACUUUUUCAAGAGUCUCACUUGUCCCCCACCAUUUGUGGCUCAAUCCCGCAUGCCAUGUCUUCCAGCCAUCCUGUUGUUGGUAUACAAUGGUGAAAUGGUGACAGCAGUGGUGGUUGAAGACUAUCGAGUGCAGUGAUAUGACACGGUUAUGCUGUCUGUAGCCGCUUUAGGGGCUGAAGACGCACGCAGAAACGUGGUCUAGGUUUUCGUCAUUCAUUGCAAUACAGUAAUGUCAUUAUUACUCAGUCCUGGGAGCAAGAGCUCGAGUGAGGGAUUUGCCCUGAUCUUUGUGAGGAGGCCCGGCCCGUCAUCUCCUGCCCCCACUGACGAUGGCUGGACUCCUGCAGGGCCCGGCCUGUUGUCUCAAUUGGCAGUGCACAAGAGGCGAUGGCGGCGAGCAGGCAGCAGCAGCAAUACACUGACAGAGCCAAAUACACAGACGACUCCAACAACACCUGCAGGAUAAUGUCAGCAGGGAAAUUCUCACGUUAUAUAUCACUUUGUCAUAAAAAGAACACAAUUUGACAGUUUUUACCUGUGCGACAAAAGGUGUGAUGAGGGCACCAACUCUGGCCAUUCCACUGCUCGUUCCCAAUCCUAAAGCUCUGGUUGCAGUUGGAUACACCUGUGCAGUAUCACAAUGUUCUUUACUGUGAUAUAGGUUUGAUUUGAAUGAAUCUAUUCCUAUGAAGUGAGGGUAAACACUGUGUGUGUGUGUGUGUGUAAGGAACCUCUGGGGUGUACACAUAGGCAGCUUGAAAUCCCCCUGAAAUGAAAGCUCUAGCGAUGAAUAUCAGCACCGUCAUGGAAGCUCUGGAACAAAAUCGGAAGCAGCAAUGGUGGAUAUAUGACCGACACAAUUUGAUUUUAAGAAAACGGGUAUAUUUAUCUCAAAUUUGCCAUUUUACCUCCCCACACAACCAUAAAGAGGAAUGAUGCACAGAGAGAAGACCAGGAAACACAAGGCCAUAGUCUUCCUUCUUCCUAAGCGAUCGAUCGCCCACAAAGUCACCAACAAUCCUGUGGAACACGACCCCAGAACCUUAGUUUAUGUGAUGCAGUCACAUAAACUUUUCAGAAUAAACAUUUAUUAUCUUUCAUUUUAUGAUGUAGUCAAACAAAAUAAUCGCUAAAAAUGCUAUGUAAUUCUAAGUAUUCCAAUGUAUUACCUGGGAAUUCUGAUAAGGUUGUCCAUAAGAGGUCUUUAUAGUCAUCACUGUUCAGAUAUUUACACUCCAAGCUGCAUCGCAGCUCCAUCUUAUUACCUUUGGACACUAGAGAGAAAUACAGAACACAUUUCAAACAUUUCGAAACAUUGGCUGUACUAAUGUAUUAAUGGCUGUACUAAUCCUGUCAUAACUAGCCAAGAAUCUCAUAUUCAUGACUUUACCAGCACUAUACAGUCAAAAAUGCCUGACUAACCCAAACCCUAAUUGCAUAAUUGAUUAAGAGGUAUGGUGUGUACACAGUAUUUUUUUUUUUUACGUACAGUACAUUUAUUUUAUGAUUAAGUCUUCUGUAAUGUGUGGGAUUAUUGUUGUGCUGUAAUUUUAGAGAUGUUGCUGGUGCCAAACAAGCCAUAAGGAUCUUCUUUAUAUCCAUAUAGUUGCAGUAUGUAGAUGAAUACUGUUAAUAGUGUGUACACAAAUACAUCUGUGUAUAUUUAACAAGUGCAAUAAUAUCUGCACACAUUUGUGUGUAAGAAACAUGUCAAAAUGUAACAACACCAGCAGCUUAUGAUACUACAGCACUCAGUACUUAAGCACUUUGGCACUCAAGUACUUUAACACUUUAGCAUGCAGGCACUUUAUGGCUCCCCAAACUCAAGGUUUUGUCAAGUGUGAAUGGUUCUUUGCUUAUUGUUAAUCUGUUUGAUUACUGUUUUACUUUUUUUCUUUUUUUUAAUAUCAAAUCUUAUCGUUCUUGUACUUUAUCAACUUACCCCCAGGGACUAAAGACAGAAAUUAGCCACUGGCUAUAAUCUUGCAUGUUUACAUGAAAAUGUUUAUCAAUAUGCACUGUGCCUGUCUUUAUGAAAUAAAUAA